AUGGAAGGCAAUGACAUCCAAACUGAUGUCCCAUUAGUUUCUCUAUCCUCAAUUGACGAACCAAGUAACACACAAUCCUCAUUACCUCAUACAAAUAAUAAUAAUUCUCGUGGACGUUCAAACACAAUUUCACCAAUUUCUUUACCAACAACAGUCCCUGGAAUUCGUAGAAGAUCCAGGUCAAUAUCUUCUUCACAUGAUUUAAUUCGAUAUAAUAAUAAUAACGGACGAGAAACUAAUUUAAAUCGAAGUCGUACAUUAGGUCAUAAUUAUAACUCACCUACUACAAGACCUUCAUUGGUAACUUCAAGAACAUUUAUAGAUCCAUCAAAUCAAUUGUUUCGUGAUGUUGAUUUACUUGCUCAUGAAUAUCCAAUAACUUCACAACCAAUUCGGAUGCCAUCAUUUUUGAAUAGGAGAAGAAACAACAUGUUACCCAAUGAUGAUGUGGUUGAGAUGUCUGAUGUACCAAGACGUGAAAGUUUUACUAAUAAUGCUGCUUCUUCUACUUCUUUGCCAAUUGCGUCAUCAUCUUCGAAUGAAAAUCAAGAAUCGUACGGAAAGAAUUCUAAUAAUCGAGUCAAAUUAAGACAUACCAAAAGUCUUAGUAGAAUGAGUCAUAUACUUGCAAGAGCUUCCACUCGCGUUGUAAAUAUGUCUAAUGCUUCACAAGAUCAACUUGAAAAAGAAGAAGUGGACCCUAUUGUUCAACCCAGAUCUACAAUUCGUAAAAGUUGGAAAAAUAAUCUUUUUCCCGAUGAUAAUUAUAAUCCUUCUCAAGAUAAAUCAAGGAAUUCUUCAUUAGGACAAUCUAAUGAUAGUAACCUUCGGUUGGCUCAGACAUUACAGUCACAAUCUCCAUUGGAAGGGAAUUCUUUAUUCAUGUUCGGACCGUCAAAUCCAAUCAGACUCACUUUAUAUGAAAUUUUAAAUCAUCGAUGGGCGGAAUCAAUAAUUUUAGGUCUCAUAAUAGCAAAUAUUUUGCUAUUAAUUAUCGAUGCAUGGGACCCUGUUACAGAAAGUAGGCCGCGUAGAACCAAAUGGGGAUCAUCAGGAAUUGACUAUGCUCUAUUAGUAAUUUAUACAAUAUACACGUUGGAAAUUGUGGCACGUAUUAUAGUAUCAGGAUUGCUAAUAAAUCAAGAGCCGACACCAUUUAAUAAAGCAAAAUUUUCUCCGCUUACAUCACCAAAUGCUUCAAAGUUUGAUGUGAGAGAAACGUCAAUGGAUUUACAAUUUUCACAAUCCUCAAAUCAAUAUGUUUCUAGAGUAAUAGCGCACAAGUCUGCAAUGAAUACUGCCUUCCUCAGGCAUACUUUUAACAGAAUUGAUUUAUUUGCAGUAAUGUCUUAUUGGAUUGAUUUGCUGAUUACUUUAAUGGGAGUUAAACAUUUCUUCUUAUUUAAAGCAAUUUCAACCUUAAGAAGUUUGAGAUUAUUGGCUAUUACAAGUGGUAGUGCUACUAUACUGCAAUCAUUGAAAAAGAGUGUUCCGUUGUUGGUUAAUGUGACAUCAUUUAUUGGAUUUUUCUCUAUACUAUUAAGUAUAAUUGGAGUACAAUCAUUUAAAGGAUCUCUUUCCAGGAGAUGUGUGUGGAUAGAUAUAAAUAAUCCAUCAAAUAAUUUUGAACAUGAUCAGUAUUGCGGAGGCUGGAUGGACAAAGAUGGAGUUAAAAGAGUAGCUAGUUCACAUGAUCCUGGCGGAAAAGGAUUUAUUUGUCCUAUUGGUCAAAUUUGUAUGGAAGUCGGAAAUCCUUAUGGCGGAUUGGCAUCUUUUGAUAAUGUAUUUUUUUCCAUGAUCUUAGUUUUUGUUAUUUCAACAAUUCAAAAUUGGACAGAACUUAUGUAUAAUGUGAUGGAUUCAGAGUUUGACUUCGUGAGCGUAUUUUUUAUCAUGACUGUAAUCAUUUUAAAUUUUUGGUUAAUUAAUUUAUUUGUGGCUGUGAUUACGAAAAUGUUUGCAAAAAUUCGAGAAGAUUCAUCACAUUCUGCUUUCACGCUGUCCAAAUCUACACCGGUUUUAUCUGAUGAUAUGGAGGGUUGGACAUUACAAGACAUAAGACAGACUACAACAACCUGGCUAACUCGUAGAAUGGACGAGACCAAAUAUGUUAAAUAUUUUUGGACCUUUUUAAUAUUUGCUGAUUUAUUUAUAAUGGCAUUUCGAACUUCUAUUAUGUCUCAUCAAAAAGAAAUUAUUUUGGAUCGAGCCGAAUUAAUUUUUACAAUAGUAUUUGCAAUUGAAAUCGUUUUGAGACUUUUUUCAUAUUUGCCAAAAUAUCACUUAUUUUUCCAAUCUACAAAAAAUAUUGUUGAUUUUACAUUAUCCAUUGUAACCUGUAUGAUACAAUUACCUUUUAUUAAAGAGACUGAAGCUUAUCCUUAUUUAACUCUAUUUCAAAUUCUAAGAGUUUACAGGGUUAUUAUUGCGAUUCCUAGAUUAAGAAAUUUAUUGGUCAGAGUUUUAGGUAGCGUAGCAGGAUUUGCAAAUCUAGUGUUGUUUAUUUUCAUCGUUAAUUUCCUUUCAGCCAUAAUUGGUGUGCAAUUGUUAAGAGGGUCUAUUCCAAACGAAAAACCAAUGAGAUUUAGUGAUAUUUUUAAUAGUUUUUUGGCUCUAAAUCAAUUAUUUUCAGGCGAAGAUUGGACAAAUGUAUUAUAUGAUACAAUGCAGUUUGAAUCCGAAAAAGGAAGUAAUGCUACUGCCAUAAUAGCUGAGAAUUUUGAGAUUGCCGAAGAACAAAAACAUAAAAUACAGCUACAAACAUUUAAACGUAAUGUUGAUUCAACUGAAAAGAAAGAUGAUGUUAUUGAUAGAUGGAAUUUUUACAAAUAUUUCCAGGCUAAGCCAAAAGCUUUAGCUGUUGAAAGUAUCCCAUCUAAUUUGAUCUUGCAUACGCAAAAAAGUCGAGUAAGGGAUUUCUUGACAGAUAGUGAUAAUAUUACCGAAAAAAAGAAUUUCAUUGAGAAUGAAUAUAAGAAAACUUCAACCAAUUUUGUAAUUCGUCUAAAAAGAUAUUUUGGUUAUAAUGAUGAGAUUAAUAAAACAUCUUUACUUGGAAGUAGAAGGGGUUCAAAUUUCGAUGAUAUUCAUGGAACGAAUGACAUUGGUGAACCUAUUAUUGACAAACCUACGGAAGCAUUUUUGGAUGAUUUUCAAGAACGUCAAGCUAUUAAAGCUGAUUUCUUGGCUGCUCAUCCAAAUUAUGAUGCAUCACUUUGGUUUUUAUCACCUCGUAAUCGAUUUCGAAGAUUUUGUCAACUUCUUGUUCAAUCUAGUCAUGAUGAUCGUGUUUAUGGUACACCACCCUCACAAACAUGGAGUUUUGUAUUCAGUGUAUUUAUCUAUCUAUGUAUUAUUGCAAGUGUUAUUCUUGCCGCAUAUGCAAAUCCGUCAUAUCAAAAGGAAUAUUUUAACCAAAAUGGGGACAAAAGAUAUACAUGGUUUUGGAUUACUGAUGUUGUAUUUACCGGUAUCUUUACUUUAGAAUUCUUUAUUAAAAUAAUUGCCGAUGGAUUUCUUUUAACACCAAAUGCAUAUCUACUUAAUGUUUGGAAUCAAUUAGAUUUUUUUGUGCUAAUUACAUUAUACAUUAACAUAUCAAUUGCGGCAACAAGUACUGGAGGUGUUGCAAGAACUGUUCGUGCAUUUAAAGCUUUGCGUGCACUUCGAUUGAUUAAUCUUUCUAGUUCAGUGAAAGAUACAUUUUAUUCUAUUUUAAUUGCGGGAGCUCCACGUAUUAUCGAUGCAUCUUUACUGUCUAUAAGCUUUGUUAUACCUUUUGCAAUUUAUGGGGUUAAUAUUUUUGCUGGGUUAUUCUUUUCCUGUAAUGAUAAUGACAACGGUAUUAUAGUAAAAGGUCAAUGUGUAGAUGAAUUUGAGAAUAAGAUUUAUAACUUUCCUGUGCUAAUGCCAAGAGUAUGGGAUAAUCCUUUUGGAUAUAAUUUUGAUAACUUUAAAUCGGCUUUACUUAUAUUAUUUGAAAUUAUUUCAGGAGAAGGAUGGAUAGAUGUCAUGGUAACAUCUAUGAAUAUUGUGAGACGAGAUUUUAAUUCGGAACAAGAUCAUUCCAAGUGGAAUGCACUGUUUUUUAUGAUUUUUAAUCUUGCGGGAUCUGUGUUCAUUUUGACAUUAUUUAUAAGUGUAAUCAUUUCUAAUUAUCAAUCGAAAUCCGGUACAGCUUAUCUGACCGCUGAUCAGAAACGAUGGAUUGAUUUGAAGAAAUUGUUGAAACAGAUUACUCCUUCAAAGGUUCCAAAGAAACGGCCCAGUAAUAAGUUUAGAGCUCUUUGUUUUGAUUAUGCUACAGAAAAGCGAGGAAUACUUUCAAAAACCAUGAGUGUCAUUUAUAUUCUGCAUAUCUUAUUGUUGAUGACUGAAGCAAAGAAUGCUCCACCAACUUGGGAUAAAAUCAGAGGAUGGAAAGUGUUUCAAAAUAAAUGGAAUUUAUUUGAUUUUCUCGUGGUAACUGGAGCUGCAGCAACAACAAUCCCAAUUUUGGUGGUAGUGAAAGAAAAUAAAGCAAUGAUUCAAUUACAAAAAAUAUUUUUAGUGCUGAUUUGUUUAAAACUAUUUCAGAAAAGUGAUGUAAUGAAUCAAUUAUUUAAAAAUAUGGUUGGAAGUUUACCAUCAAUUUUCAAUUUAUUUGCAGUUUGGUCUAUCAUAUUUGUUGUGUAUGCUAUCAUGUUUAUGGAAAUAUUUGGUUUAACAAAAUAUGGAAAAAAUGGUAGUGAACAUGUAAAUUUUAGGCAAUUCCCAACCGCAAUGAUAACAUUGAUUAGAAUGUCAACUGGAGAAGGCUGGAAUGCGAUUAUGCAUGAUUUUACAGUUGAACCGCCAGAAUGUGUAGCAAGUAACAACUUGUAUAAUUCUGAUUGUGGAAAAGCUUGGGGAUCAGUCGAUUUUGAUAGAACCGGAUAUAUAAAAAGCAAUGAAAUUUCAAAAUUCUUUUCAAAACUUGAAGGAUCAUUUCAAGUACGAAUUUAUCAAGAUGAAUUUCUUAUUCCAAACCUUAUAAAAAACGCUCGUAUUAUUAAACAUUUAGAACUAGGGCAAUUAUGGGGUAGUAGUAAGCAAAGAAAUAAUCUUGAAGUUGAAAAUCUUGAUAUCAAAAAGUUGGAAAAUAGUUUAUCAAAAAUUAAUCUGAAUCAAGUGUAUAAGCGAAGAAAAACUUAUAAUCAAUUAUAUCAAGAAGCAUUAUUAUCAGUUGAAAAAGAUUCAAAUGGGAAUGAAAAGGGAAUUUCAUUCACAAACAUGCUUAUAAUGCUUGCUCAUUAUAAGUUAAUGAAUGAUGAUAAAUGCUUAGAGAUUCAUGAGUAUAUAAAACGUAAAGAAAAGUUAGAAAAAGUUAUUGAUAACGUAAAUAAGGAUCGUGUAAAAUCAUUAUUACGUACAAUUUAUUGGCAUAAAAAAUUCAAAGCCAUUAAAGAGGAACGAUUAAGGAGAGAAAGAAUGAGUGAGAUGGUUGGAAGCAUUGAUGGUAAACUAAGAUAUUAUGUUAUUUUUUCAAAUUAA